AGCGGCGGCCAGCGGCGGCGGGUCACCCUCGCGACGACCCUGCUCGCGAAGCGGCAGCUGCUGUUCUGCGACGAGCCGACGACGGGCCUGGACGCGGCGACGGCGCUCGUGGUCUGCCGGCGCCUCCAGGACGUGAGCCGCCUCGGCGUGACCGUGGUCGCCGUGCUCCACCAGCCGCGGCGCGAGAUCUUCGUCGCGCUGGACCGCGUCGCGCUCCUCGUCCGCGGGCGGCUCCGCGUCUGCGGGACGCCG